CGAAAGCAUUCUUCCUUUUGGUAACCAUUGCAUUGGAGAUUUCACAGACUGAAGCUACAUGUCACAACAACGAAAUAGGCGAUAUGAUGGAAGGACAAGUGUUGGAUCAUCCUAAUCGGCCAUGUCAAAGAUAUAUUUGCCAGAAUGAUACACUAAUAACAGUAAAUUCGGGCUGUGUAUUCAAUGGUACUUGUUACAGAAUAGAUAGUGAGUGGCAAUCGGGAUGUCAAACAUAUAAAUGUGACGUUAAAUUUAAAAACAAUACUGUAUGGUAUAUAUCGGAGGUAAAAGUGCCACGGUGCGAACAUGGAGAUAAAUGUUUUGAAAAGGGUCAAGAAUGGGUAGAAAAAUGUGGUACUUAUACAUGUAAAGUAGUUUACAGUAACGGCACAUACAUUUGCGAACCAAUUAGAAUACGACAAGAGUGUACGGAUAUUCAUGGUAAUUGUCACGGUUCAGGAGUAUCAUUUCCGUUCAAUUGUACUGGAAUUCCUUGUGACUGCACGUGUGCAACUGAUGAUAAUCCAGUCAGGUAUAGGUGUCAAGUUCCGAAUGUGAAGUAAGUGUUAUCUAGGAAGCGUCAGUGGUUGAAACGUCGGAAUAUUGUGCAACAUUCAAAUCUGUAUUGUGGAAUCUUUGUUUUGAGGAAAAAGCAUCUCUAUACUCCAAAUAUUGAACAAUUUUUGAUACAUACUGAACAGGCUUGUUUAUGAAUAAUCGUAGACACCAUGUACCCUAUGACUUGUUUUAAAAUAUCAUUAAUAGCUAUAUAUUUUUCUAUCGUUAUAUUUUAAAUAAGAUUAUCUUAAUAUAUGUAAACAUUGUUUCAAAUAAAUAUUUGUCUGCAUGAA